AUGGAGAAGACCUUGUCUCCUCCUGCAGCUCCACCCGCAGCUCCAGUGGUAGAUGUCACACCAACUUCAGAGCCCCAGUCAAGUCCAUCCGUGAAUGUGGUCCCCACUGCAGUGGGAGGAGCCUCAUCAGGAGCCCAAGCAGAGGCCACUUCUGCCUUGAAUCUGGAUGGCAGCGCUCAGGGAGCUGAACCUUCUUGUGUGGCUGAGGAGCCUCAGGCCAAGCUGGCUCUCCUGCUGAGUCCUGAAGCCACAAGAGCAGCCAGUGAUGAAGGGCAGUCAUCCCCCACUAUCUCUUCAGUGCGCAGGGUCCAGGAAGCGGCGGGCAGUGCUGAGGUGGAGCCCAAUGGCACCUCAGCUCCGGGGCUGAGGGUGGGAGAAGUGUCCAUAUGUGGUGGGGAGAUGGAGCUGUGCUCUGGCUCCCCUCCUGUGCUCAGGCCCCAGCUCACAUCGAAAGCCACUGCUGAGGAAGAGCCAGCAUCCACCUCGCCUCUGCCUCAUGUCCCCGGACAAGCAGCCUUCAGUGAGGAGCUGAAUGUGCUUUUGCCCUUGGCUGUGCUGCUCUUCAUUGUAGGGGCACCAGCAGGCCUACUGUGUCUGGUGGGAGUACUCACUCUGGUGAUCUGUGGCCUAAGACCACUAUGCUCUUGUGACAAAUCAGAGACAGCUGUCACCAGGGAUCCAUUCCACGGUACCAAUGGCACUCCAGCAGGGAGUGCUGACAGGAAGACUUUUGCCAGGUUGGCUCCCACUCUGCGUUCCCCAGAACCAGCCUACAGUACUGAACUGACCGUGUUUCUGAUCCUAACUCUACUGUUGUUUAUUUUAAGAGGACCGGCUGGGGUGCUCUCACUUGUUGGAGUGCUGACACUGGUGCUCUGUGCCGUAAGAGCAUUCUGUGCUUGCACAGAGUCUAAGCCAGCUCCCACCAUGCCUGCUGUCCACAGUGCUCAGAGAGCACCAGAAUAUAGUGCUGAGAAGGAGCCCUGUGUCAGCUUGGCUGACAACCAACCAGAACUGGAGUUCCUUCUAUCCUUGAGUCUGAUUUUCUACCUGUUAGGAGCACCUGCUCCAGUGCACCUUGUGCUUGGAGUACAGACUGUGGGGCUCUGGGUUGCGAGAGCUACAGCAUCGCAUAAACAAUCAGGGCCAUCUGCCAACUUGGCUCCGGGUUGCAGGGCAGACAGAGCACCAGCCUCGGGGGAUGCUACAGAGCCCCUUUCUGCCUCAGCUCCACUUCUUAGUCCUGCAGAACCAGCCUCCAGUUCGGAGCUGCAUAUCCUUUUACCCAUAGCUGCAAUGCUGUCUCUGGCACAAACCCCAGCAUUUGCCAUCUGUGUUGGGGGAGCCCUAGUUCUGGUGCUCUCCUUUGCAGGACCACCAACAAAACUCACACAAUCUUGCAGGGCUGAGUUGAAGCCAGGUUCCACCAUGGCUUUGGAGCCCAGGCCUGAGGACACAGCAGCCUCCAGGGCUGAGAGGGAGUCACCUUGCACCUCCACUCCGCUGUUGCCCCUCCAGAAGGCAGCAGCUUGCAAUGCUGAGAUGGAGGCAUCUUGUGCCUCAGCUGCGCUGCUCCAUGCCCAGGGAGCAGCAGUGGCCAGUGCUGCCACAGAGCCACCAUCCAGUGCAGCCCCUCUGAUAUGCAUUGAGGAGACACUGGCUUCGAGGACUGAGCCAGAGCCACAUCCCAACUUGGCUCUAGGACUCAGUGCGGAGACAGCAGCUGCCUGCAAUCCUUCCCCAGAGCCCUUGGCUGUGGUGAUGGAGCAGGCUCACUCUGCUUCUUGGGAAUCUGAGUUGCCGUGCACAUCUGUUCCUGCCCAAGAAGCUUGUCAUCCUGCUUUGGUGACCGGAGAGCCUUCACACAGCCAGGACAUGCCUUGUUUCCUGGCUGUCCACCCCCACCUGGAGGCAGAGCAGCUCACAACGAUGGAUGCGGAGCUGUUUGAGAAGGCAGUGCUCAACCACUGCCUGGGAUCCAUCUGGUCCCAGAGGCACAAGAAGGGCAAGGAGCACUUGGCCCCCACCAUCCGGGACAUGGUGGCACACUUUAACAAUGUAUGUUCCUGUGUCAAAACCACCUGUCUGGGGGACUUCAGCAUGAAAGCCCCAGACAGAGCGCGUGUGGUCGAACACUGGAUUCAGGUGGCCACGGCUUGCCGAGACCUGAGGAACUUCUCCUCACUCCAUGCCAUCAUCUCCGCCCUGCAGAGCGCGGCCAUCUUCCGACUGAAGACAACAUGGCAAGAGGUCUCCAGAGACUCCUUGCACACAUUCCACAAACUGGAAAAACUCACUUCUCCUGAAAAAAAUUACUCCAAGAGCAGAGAGCUGCUGCGAAAGGAGUCUUGCAAGUUGGCCACAAAGGAGAAGCAGCUCCAAGGAGGUCCCAGGUGGUUGCAGAAGAUGGUGUUGACAAAGGGCAUCAUUCCCUACCUGGGAAUCUUCCUGACAGACCUCAUGAUGAUACAUUCUGCAUAUCAGGAUAUCGAUGAUGAAAAAUCCCAAAUGGAGAAAUUAAAUAAGAUACAAAGAGCUCCCCAGCCCCAAGCCCUGACGGGCUUGAUUAAAUCCAUCCUGCUAACCCACCAGCCCACUUGGGACAAUUGUCAGCAACUCUUACAGACUCUCCUUACCACGGAGAAAUGGCAACAAGUGUUCCUAGAGGCUCGCAAAAAUGUUCCAGGAGAGGAUGGUAGACCGACGCAGUUGCCUAAUGAGAUCGAUGAAGUGUUCCCGCUGACGCCUAAUUGGGACUUCAACACUGUUGCUGGUAGGGAUCGGCUCUGUCUUUAUUGCCAGGUUCUGUUGGCAGGUCUCAAAGGGGCCGGAAGGCGCCCCACCAAUUUGGCCAAGGUACGUGCAAUAAUGCAGGGAGCUGAGGAAACGCCUGUGGGAUUUUUAGAGAGACUAAUGGAAGGGUACCGUAUGUAUACGCCCUUUGACCCCUCCGAUGCAGAUAGACAAUCCGAUGUCAUUAUGUCAUUUAUCAGGCAAUCGGCCCCAGACAUUCAGACUAAGCUACAGUGGUUGGAGGGGCUCCAGGGGUAUACCUUGGAGGACUUGGUUAAGGAAGCAGAAAAAAUUUUUAAUAAGAAAAAAACUCAGGAAGACAAAGGAAAGGAGGAUAGAGAGGACAAGCGAGACAAGAAACGUACUAAAGAGUUAAGUAAGAUCUUGGCCACCGUAGUGCAACAACCAGAAGAGAGAGAGGCUAGGUUAGGUAGGAACCUGGGGGACAAAAAGAGACCUCUGGUGAGCCGUGACCAGUGUGCAUACUGCAAGGAAACAGGACACUGGGUCAGGAACUGCCUGAAGAAAAGGGGGCAGAUGAGAGGACCCCGAAGGCCGGCACAAGUAUUGUCCCUACAGGAUAAUGAAGAUUAGGACAGUCAGGGCCAGAAGCCCCCCCCUGAGCCCCGGGUAACCCUUCAAGUGGGGGGCCAACCAGUAACCUUCCUGGUUGACACUGGUGCCCAACAUUCGGUCCUAACCUGGUCAGGAAGUCCCCUGAGUUCUAAAACAUCCUUGAUGCAGGGGGCCACAGGAAGAAAACUGUACUGAUGGACAAAUGAACGAAAAGGAAUGGGGCUAGUCACUCACUCAUUCCUCCUAAUUCCAGACUGUCCUUAUCCGCUGUUGGGGAGGGAUCUCCUCUCAAAGGUAGGGGCCCAGAUUUACUUCCAAGGAAAAGGGGCCUCCGUUAAGGGACCCCAAGGACAGCCCCUCCAAGUCCUAACCAUGCGCCUGGAGGAUAAACAUCGGUUACAUGCAAGCCCUCAGUUGGCCUUGAUUGACCCCCAGUGGUUAUCAGAUUUUCCCCAGGCUUGGGCAGAGACAGCGGGAAUGGGGCUGGUUGUAGCCCUGGUCAUUAAACUUAAAUCCUCGGCUACCCCGGUGAUGAUACGUCAGUACCCACUACGUAGGGAAGCCAAAAAUGGAAUCAGGCUGCAUAUACAAAGACUGCUUCAAUUGGACAUCCUAAAACCAUGCCAGUCUCCAUGGAACACCCCCUUACUGCCCGUCAAAAAGCUCGGGACAGGAGACUACCGUCCGGUACAGGACUUAAGAAAAGUAAACCGGAGGGCAGAGGAUAUACAUCCCAUGGUGCCUAAUCCCUACAACCUACUAAGUAUGCUGCCCCCGAGCCACACAUGGUAUACAGUACUAGAUUUAAAAGAUGCUUUUAGAGACAGCCCUCAGAGCCAGCCAAUCUUUGCCUUUAAAUAAAAAGAUCCAGAAUCAGGUUUUUCAGGACAGCUCACAUGGACAAGACUACCACAAGGAUUCAAAAACUCCCCCACCCUGUUUGACGAGGCUCUACAUCAGGACCUGGCUGACUUCAGAGUCAAUCAUCCCCAAUUCGCUCUUCUACAGUAUGUAGAUGAUCUGUUCCUAGCAGCUGGGACUCGAGAUGACUGUCUAAAAGGUACCGGGGCCCUUUUAAAAAGGAUGGGGGAGUUGGGGUACAGGGCUUCAGCCAAAAAGGCCCAAAUUUGUGUUAGGCAAGUGACUUACCUGGACUAUAAGCUGGAAGGAGGGCAGAGGUGGCUAACAGAGAGCUGCAAACAAACCAUCACCCAGAUCCCGCCACCCACAAGUGCGCGAGCACUGAGGGAGUUCUUGGGGAGCGCUGGAUUUUGUUGCUUGUGGAUACCAGGGUUCGCUGAACUGGCAGCCCCUCUGUACCCCCUUACCAAGGCAAAUGCCCCGUUUCGAUGGGAAAAAGAACAACAACAGGCUUUCGAUCAAAUUAAGAAGGCCUUAUUAUCAGCUCCGGCCUUGGGCCUCCUGGAUGUGACCAGGCCAUUCACUUUAUAUGUGGAUGAGCGACAGGGAAUUGCAAAAGGAGUUCUGACCCAAAAAUUGGGACCCUGGAGAAGACCGGUGGCCUAUUUUUCAAAAAACCUGGACAGUGUGGCGGCUGGAUGGCCCCCAUGUCUCCGUAUCAUUGCAGCUGUGGCCAUGUUAGUAAAAGACACUGAUAAAUUAACCUUGGGACAACCCUUGAUGGUGACAGCCCCCCAUGCCAUAGAGACAGUCAUUUGCCAGCCCCCUGACCGCUGGCUUUCAAACGCUCGGAUCACCCAUUACCAGACAAUGCUGCUAAAUCCAGACCGGAUUUGGUUCGGGGCCGCAGUCUCUCUCAACCCAGCAACUCUACUUCCAGACUCAGACUCUCGCCUCUCCAUCGAACACGAUUGUCAUCAAAUCCUGGCAGAAGUACACGGGACCCAUGAGGACUUGACCGACUAACCCCUACCAGAUGCUGAACACUCCUGGUACAUGGAUGGGAGCAGUUUCCUGCAUAAGGGUGAGCGAAAAGCGGGAGCAGCAGUAGUGGAUGGGACCACAGUCAUCUGGGCAUCAGCCCUAGAGCCUGGAACUUCAGCGCAGAAGGCCGAACUCAUUGCCCUGACGCAAGCGUUGACAAAGGCCCAGGGAAAGAAAGUCAACAUCUAUACAGACAGUCGGUACGCUUUUGCUACCGCACAUGUCCAUGGAGAGAUUUAUCGGAGGCGAGGCCUGUUAACCUAGGCGGGAAAAGACAUUAAAAACAAAAAGGAAAUCCUAGACCUCCUGCAGGCCCUCUUCCUACCUAAAAAGGUGAGCAUCGUCCAUUGCCCAGGUCACCAACUGGGGAGGCACCCUGUAGCGGCAGGGAACAGGAUGACGGAUGAAACUGCUAAGGCGGUGGCCUUACAGAACCAAACCCUUGCUUUGGUCACAUCACGAGAACGACAGCCAAACAAACAGCCUCUCUUCCAGUAUUCAGAUCAGGACAUAGAGGUGGCCAAAAAGCUAAAGGCAACCUUUAAUAACUCGACUGGAACUUGGGAAUAUGAAAACAGGACUAUAUUGCCCCUAAAGGAUGGGCUCCCAACAGUUACCUACUUGCACAGGUGGACCCACUUGGGUUACAAAAAGUUGGAGACUCUUUUACAGAGGGAGGAGCAGUUUCAUUACAUUCCAGAUCUAUCGGGCAUAAUUAAACAGGUCAUAGACUCUUGUGUUCCCUGCGCCAAGGUUAAUGCAGGCUGAUUCCAAGAGCCCGCUGGAGUCAGAAUGAGAGGAGAACGACCCGGUACCAACUGGGAGGUCGAUUUCACCGAAAUUAAGCCUGGCAAGUAUGGAGCUAAGUAUCUCCUAGUCUUUGUAGAUACCUCCUCCGGCUGGACAGAAGCUUUCCCCACAAAACAAGAGACAGCACAAGUAGUAGUCAAAAAGAUUCUGGAAGAAAUUUUCCCUCGAUUCGGGCUCCCUAAGGUAAUAGGGUCAGAUAAUGGCCCUGCUUUCGUCUCCCAGGUAAGUCAGAUGGUGGCCAAGCUUUUGGGGAUAGAUUGGAAAUUAUAUUGUGCUUAUCACCCCCAAAGUUCAGGACAGGUAGAACGAAUGAUCAGGACAAUUAAAGAGACCCUAACCAAAUUAGCCCUAGAAACUGGCACUAAAGACUGGGUCCAACUCCUUCCCAUGGCCUUGUUUAGAGCUCGUAACAUCCCGGCAAGCCAUGGACUGACCCCCUAUGAAAUCCUAUAUGGGGGACCCCCUCCCAUAGCAGACUUCCUUGACCCUGCCAUUGAUUCUUUUGCAAAUACCCAAAGUUUACAGGCGCGGCUGCGAGCUCUGCAACUCAUCCAGAGACAGGUGUGGAAACCUUUGGCCACUGCCUACACCACGGGAAGUUCCACUAUCCCACACCCCUUCCAGAUCGGCGACGAGGUGUACGUGAGGAGACACCAAUCCAAGACUCUUGAGCCGCAGUGAAAAGGCCCAUACACUGUGCUGCUGACCACAUCUACUGUGCUAAAAGUAGAUGGGAUCGCCGCCUGGAUCCACGCCUCCCAUGUCAAGCGUGCGCCUCCUGGAGAUGAGAAGGACCCUGCAGAGCCACCCAAAUGGAAGCUACAGCGCACUCAAAAUCCUCUCAAGAUAAGACUCUUAAAAACUGUUUAA